AGAACCAAUAGUUCCAAUUACAAAACCCCUAAACCCUAACCUUAAUCUAUCUUUCUCUUUCCGCCGGCGAUUCGAGAACUACCCUCCCUACAACAAUCUGAAAGCUUCUGCCUUUCGCUACUCAUCUCCUCCUGAAGAUUUUUGAUAAAGUUUGAUCCUUUUCGCUCUGUCCGUAAUGACUUCGCUGCUCGAAGCUAUCUCCAACGCCGUAGCGACGAGCCAGGACCGAGUUGACUCUCACUCGGACUAUCCCUUCCCUCUAAGCCAAGACGGUAUCUUCACCAACGUGAAGCCGAAGGUGGAAAGCCCUGACCCCGGCACUCUAAUCAAUCCAAUAACCGGGUGGGAAAUCUCCGGAAGCGAUGCUGAGCUGAUCAAAUUGGGCAAGAGCUUUUCCUCUAAGCUGAAAAGCAAGCUCAAGGACACCAACAGGUUCGAUAGAGGCGAGUUUGUGAGUAUGCUGAAGCAGUUUCUGGAGAAGAUUGGUGAGAAAGUUGGGGUUACUGGUGAGAACGAGGAGAUGAAGGAUUUGGUGGAGAAGACUGGGGUUUUGAUGGGUAGAGAUGUGUCUGGUUUGGUUUUGAAGGGUUGUGUUCGUUUGGAGAUGUGGGAGUUAGUUGAGACUUUGGUUUCGAACUCAUUGGUUGAUCAUUCUUUGAACGGUUAUUUAGUUAGCAGUCUUGUCGAGAAGCAACGGUCUGAUUUGCUCUGCGUUGUGAUCAAACAAGCUUCUGAUCUUGGAGCGAGUGAGCUGCUUUUAAUCUUGAAGUACUUUCUUUGCCCUUCUAAGGAAGCGGUUAGCACUAUGGUUAAGGUGAGAGAAGAAUGGGACAGUGAGGCUUUGUUGGCUAUUGAGGAAGUUAGCAAGACAGAGGUACCAAAGAAGUCUAAAGUUGUUGCUGAAGAGGCUUCGAUCUUGUUGAUGGUUGCUCACGACGGGUUUUCGCCUUCCGAGCUUUGCCUUCACUACUUGUUGGCUUCGUCUGAUGUUGAUGAGGUCAUGUUUUCGUCUGCAGUGAGUAAGUUGAAUGGUAAUGAGAUGAGAAGCUUUGUUCGGUACUUAUCUAAGUGGAUGAAGAAGUACGAGAGGUUCCCUCAAGCUGGUCCGUGUCCUAAAGCUGCAUCCAUGCUCGGUUUAAAGCUGUGCGACUGGGUUCCUAAACUCGAGGAUGUGACCAAGUGUUUGGGGGUUAUUAUCGAUGAGAACUUCUCUACUCUGGCUCUGCACUCGGAUCUGCAUGAAGAGCUGAAGGCUGUUGAAAGAGUAGCGGAUGAUUUGGCUUCGGAAUCGAAACUUUGUUGCUUUGUGGCUAAUGUUGCUGAGAGAUUGAGACUUGGAGAUGCCAGAAACUAGACGCUUGCAGUUCUUGGAGUUCUCAGAGACUAGAUUGAUUUCCCUGUUUUUUUUUUUUUUUUUAAUGUUCUGCAGUGUCUUUUGUAUUUUCUAGUUUCAGUUAAAACUAUUUUAUAAAAUAUAAUUUUGGUCGUUGUC